AUGGAAGAAGGGUAUGAGCAGAUGAUGAACUUGAGGACCAAAAGUCAGCUUGAAAGACACGUGGAGAUGGAAGAAGGGUAUGACGAACUUGAGGUCGAUUCUACUGGACAAGAAGGCUCCGCCAGUGGGAAUCUUCAUGGUGUGUCAGCUGCCCAAGGAGGAGCUCCUGUUCAUCAACAACAUAAGCUGCAUCAGAAACAACUACCUCAAGAACAAGCUCUUGUGAACAACGCUGCCGACCAGGAGCACUGGGCCAAAAGUCAGCUUGAAAGACACGUGGAGAUGUAUGCGAUAUUGCGGGAGUGGCGUAUGCGGCCAGAGUGGGCUGCUCACCCAAAUGAAUACGACUUGACGAACCUCAUUUAUUCCGUUACUCCACUGGUUAAGGCUCAAAGUAAUUAACAUUUGCAAGGCUCAUUUCCCGCUGCUUCCUUCUAUCUUGAGAAAGAGAAUCUGAAGAAAGGAACUGAAGAAAUGAAUUGUUUUGCGCUCUAAACUGGAGAGUCGUGGUUACCACGUGUACGAGGCACUGCUUCGCGAUGAGAAAAACCAUCAAAAAGCACUGAUAAAGAUGAAGGCAGCGGAGCGUCAAAAUACUGCGAUGGAAAUGAUGAAUGAGAAUAUAGCCGAAGAAAAUGUAGAUCACACCAGUUCUAGUACGGAAAUGGGUCGUGACGUCGAUGAAGAAGAUCAUGAUGAACAAGCUGUACUAGAUGGAGGUGGCAAAAUUGCUCGUAGUGCAGUUACAACUGGUGCUAGAAGUACAUCUUCUAGAAGAACUUCUACUGGGUCCUCGUCAUCUAUUACUACAUCUAGAACUUCUAGAAGUACUUCUUCAUCUAGUAGAAGAACUGCUAGUGCUACAACCAAAGCACCAGAUGAAGACAUCGCAGUUGAAGAAGUAUUUGGAGAAUUCUCUUUGUCGCAGCCUGAACGCCAUGCUCUAGCCGAAAACACGUUUGUUACGCGUGGCGGCGUUCCACAUGGUGACCAUUACCCCUUCUUUCAGCGAAUUUCAGAACUGCUAUUCCAUCGAAGACAACGAAUGCAACAGCGACAAGUUACAACAUCUACUUCCUCACCACUUAAUGGAGGUGUAGUCACUUCUACUUCAUCACAAGAGAAUAGCACAGCCUUUUCAAAUCAGCGUCAUCCCAAGGAUAGGAACAGCACCUCUGCGAGUAGUCUCCUGACUGAAGAACAAGAAGAAGACGAAGCACUCUUUCCCCAUAAAGGACGCGUUUUCAGGCAUCUGGCUGACCACGUGAUAGCUCAUGUCGGUCCUACGGCGUCGCAGCUGCAACAACUAUCGACCCCCUCGAAUCCAGACCAACCUCAUCAACAGCAACCAAUCACUUUGUCGAUUUUAAGGCAACAUGAUUCAUGAUUCAAAAUGUUACAUGGAGUUUGGACGAGGAACAAAGUUGUCGAGGAAGCUGAUGAGUACUUUCUUUCCACAUGUAAUUUAGUAAUACUAAGUAAAAAUGUUUGUUUGUUUGUUUUGAUGCGCUCCGGGCGACGCGUACGAUCCCGCUGGAUUUCUUUGUGCUCUGUGUGUGUAGUGCUAUGGUCGUCAUUGCGAUCGACUAUGGUUUCAUGUCAGGUCGCCACAGUCCCCGCCAGCUGCGGCUUUUGUGGCAUGUUCUAAUCAACGAAUCGUCGGAUAAGGACAAUGAAAGGAGUCGCCACGACGUCAUUAUCCCGAAGUCACCUGCUUGGAUUAUCUCAUCUGUGAACGACCUAGCCAACGCACUUUUGGACGAGGGGAAGGCUUCCUCAGAUGGUGUCAGUCGGAAUCUUAAGGCGAGUCGUGCCUCAGAAAUUGAUUCCAUUCUGUCUGAACAUCAUUAUCGAUCCGUGAUCCGUAACUGAAGACUCCUUUGUUGUAGUUUUUCACGUACAACUCUGUAGGUGGAAAACCCUAACUUUAUUUUCUUCUUUUAAAGUGAACACCCGGGAUCAUAGUCAUACUAGCUUCUUGCAGGAAAGAUGCAAGUGCAACUAGUUGUAAGGUUGUAGCUGGCUCUUCUAACAAGGAAGAUGCUGGAGUGGUAGGCUCGUUGAUUAUGUCAGAAAUCGACAGUACUGGUUUGGGUGCGUUGAACACCCGACUCCAGGAGUCGCCAAAUGGUCGCUUGUUGGGUGCCACAGAUCAGGCUUUGAAGUGGACCAGCACAAUUUACCACUUUGGAGAUGGAGAGGCUCAGGAUUCUUAAGGCUUCUAUAUUCUCUAAUGAGUGAAGUUGAAGAUACUAGGUUGAGACGAAAUAUCCUUGUUUCUGGACCACUUUUUUGUUAAGACAGUACGCAUCUUCAAGAUGUUACGUAUGUAUCUAUCUUCAAGAUAGUGCUCUUCUGUAAAUUGCAAACUGAAACAAGCUCUAAGAUCAAAGCACCAUAUCCGAUACAGGAGAUGCAGCAGAGCGAGACCCUCUGUCCCAGCAGAUCUCCAGUGUUGAGUCCCUUCCUCUAGAGUUUGCUGGGCAUGCCGCUUUGCGUAAUAGCGUUGAUGAUGUUUAAGGCCUCUUGAUGUAAUUCUUCAAAUUCUUCAUUUGAAGAUCAAGCUUAUAAUUAGAUCCGUUUAGAAGGACGAGAAAUAGAAAUACAUAUUCAUCUAGUUGGUGCUUGACAAGCAAGCAUUUGUGAGCAUCUUUGACGUUGACCACCUUGAACUUGAUUUUGAGCGGUUUCCAAAGGGCAAAUACGCGUUUAACUUUUCAACGGAAAAAGAAAACGCGUACGUGUAGUCAAAGAUUAGAAGAAGUCUAACUGCGUACUACUCAAAACUUGAAUCGAUGAAUAUGAGCAACCACAAUUACAAGCUGUAAGCUCUUCUUCUAAGAUAUGAAGUGGCAACCUCCCAAAGAGGGUGGCCUCAAGUCGGUGUUUUACGACAGAUCUUUGACCAGGGAACCUUUUUUGAGGUCUGUCACAGAUCUCAACAUUGUGUUGGCGACCACCGAACAAGAGAAGGCAAAGCUGGAAAACAUGAUGGAGGAGGUAGUCAACGACCGUGUAGAAGAAAAGCGAAUCCUCAGAUACUUUGGCGAAAAACGAAUUAUGAUCCAGAACCAGAUAGAGAUAUUAAAAUGACGACGCAGUAUCAAUUCUGCCGAUGAUCACGUCGUACAGUCAUUCGAGACGCAAUGAUGAUGUAUCAACUCUCAGUCAACAUCGUUUCUCUUCGUAUCCUCACGCACUACAUGAUCAUGUCUCUGUUUCUAUCCUCACGCGCCACUCUCUCCUCUAGACUAAGGUCUUCUAAACUAAGGUCUUCUAUGUUUCUAUCCUCUAAACUAAGGCCUGAGAUACGCGGCCUGGAUCGGACGAUCUACUACCCAAGUGCCAGAGGAGUCGUGACCGCGAGGCACCCAACAAGCGGAAUCGCAUACGCAGUUGUAGACUCUAGCUAUCCUUAUGGCCAAUGUAUGUGAGUGUGACAAAAAUUUUACAUUCCCUCUGUUUAAUAAAAUAUCCUGUCUUUGGUCUUCCUCGCUUCAUCAACAUUACAUUCCCGCCUUGUUCACGGUCACUCGACUUCACAUCAUCAUGACAAUGAACUCUCCUGCUCAAACUUCUGAAGAGUGGGUGCGUGUUACAACACCUACAGCAAUAAGAACUUGAAGAACUUGAAUAUUGUCUUCUAGCAAUUAAUCUGAGAUACUGGACGAGAUCGUCCCCCAACGCUCCUGCUUCUAACUCCCAACCUACGAAAAUUGCGGUGGCCUGUGCGGUGAAGUAUUGUACGAUCCGUAUUGGGAACGCAUGAUACAACUAGGAUUACGCGACUCCAAGUUGAUGCGCAAGGUCAUGACUAUGCAACAAGGUCAGGCGGGCGGGGAGCAGUAAGUUUACAACUGCAAGGUCGGGCUGGUGGGGAACAGUAAGUCUACUGGGUUUCUAAGCUGGUCAACUUAGAAAGGGUUCCAGGACGAGUGGGCAUUUUUGGAAUUGGAAUUGGUGGAAUUUUGGGGCCAGCAGUUGGCUGGGGUUCUCCUGGGUAUUCUUGGGAUCAUCCUUGGGUCUUUAGGAAUUUUCGAAUUGAAAAGUGGGCAUCUGGUGGUCGUGGUGUCCUCUUGUGCUUGUGGGUAGUUAUAAGUACAUGAUAUCAGGCUUGUUUGAAAAAGUGAGUUGUAGAAUCUAUUUGGUGGAUUUGUUGAAGAUGAUGUGGAGCUGCAGUGAGUCGCUUUCAAUCGAGAGGUUGAAAAAGACACCUCUCGCUGUCGCUAGGCACAUCAUCAUCACCAUCUCACUAGAAGUGCGUUGUUCAAAAUUUCAGCAAACUGCUAGUUUUUCUGAGCAAGAAGUAGAUAUAGAUGGAUGGGGCUCCUCGUCCUGUCUGUAUCUCUAUAUAUAAAAGCUCCUUGUUUAUCUCCUCUGUACUAGAUGGGAAAGCGUGUUGAGGUACGUUUUCCUAGGCGACGCCUAUUUUGGAGUAGCAAUGUAAACGUCAGCAUUAAACGCCGUACGAGCCCUGUUUUGUUACCUCUUGUUUAUAAUUUGUUUCUGAAUCAUGAUCAUCUCCACCUCCUCAAACUCGAUUAUAUAUUUAUACGUUGUAGUAAGUCUGGUCGUAUCUAUACCUAUAAACCUUUAUGAUGCGUCUAAACAGCACCUUAAAGGCAAGAUGAGAUAUGAUCGACUUGUAUUUCACGGUUUUCGUCACAUGAAUUCUAUAGUUGUGACGCUGGAGAAGAGGGCUUUGAUAUGAAGAUGUUUUGGGUGCCCUCCGUGUAGGUGUGUAAGCUCGUUAGCGUUCGAAAACUGAACAGGAGGUCAUGAUACUACGUACAGGUAGGUACAUGAAUGACAAAAUGAACAGCUUCAGAUUUAACUUUCUACUUUCCGGAAGAUGUUCUUUUCAUCAUCAAAUAAAAAUGACCUUGACGAACGACUAACUACUACUACUUCUAGGCCCACUAGAUACAGAGCUACAAUACAUUAUCAUUGUUCCUAUUCGUAAACUACGCUCCGUAGAUUAUAUUCAAGAGCUAUUCCUACUGUUCAUUUUGAUUAGUCUUUUGAGUAUCAAUGAAUUCGAAUGAGCUAUCGCGUUCCUUGAUUUUGGUGCUAGUCAAUGGGAAAGAAUUGUGACUCAUUGACUCAAUUUUUUCGUCUACUUCUAGAACGUCAACACAACUCGCUAAGUCCCCUCGGUCUAUCUCGGAGCCAAUAUUUUCGUAGACAGAAACUCGAGGUGCUUCAUCUGUUUUAUAUUUAUUAGGUUACUUGGGCAAUUUGAUUUCAUCAUGCAUCUUUCAGCAAAGGACUCACCCAAUAUCAGGUGUUGAUCUGAAGACUUCAGUUUGUUGUGUCUUUGUACCAUGCCAACUAAAAAUGUCAAGAUAGGGAUAGUCGUGUGAAAAUUUAUUAAUAGUUGAGAACCAGAACGAAGAGCUAGAGCUUCCUGUUGUAUAUCUAUCAGUGUCACUUCUUUCAGUCAUGACCCUCGUGGUUUAACUUUUAUGAGGUUGAGGGCGUGAGCAGCUACAACAUCAACAACCUCGCACUUUUUUUUUCUGAAGAUUAGAAGAACUAAGAGAGUGUGUGCUUCCUUGUUCUUCAAAAUAGAUAGAAGAGCCAUACUACAUCAACGAACAUAGUUAGAAAACUUGACGUCGUGCUUACUUCUUCUUCUUGAUUGAUUUAUUUCAAUUUCUUCUUCUCUAGUUAGAAGGCUGGCAAUCGAGUAGAUACUUAAUACUUAUGAUGAUCAUUAUAGAAGAACAAGAAGAAAGUGAAAGAUGUGUAAUAUGUUGUUGUCUAGUUGUGCCUAUUUCUGUUAUUUUUGCGAUGCUGUGGCUGCUACACAAACUUUUUUUGUUGGUACCAACCAACGCAGCGUACUUCUGAAGCGAAAAAUGACAACUAUUCUCUAGACAAAGACGUAUUUAAGUACAAUUUUCCCCGAUUCCGUGCUCAAUACGCGUGGAUGAGGAGGAGACCCCAGUCAAGUCAAGUCAAUGAAGAUUUUGAUUUCUACUUGGUUCUUCCGGUUCUUAGUCUUGGUGCGCCCUUAUGGAGAUCAGGGAAGAGUAAUUUGGAUAAAUACCGUAGGAUAGAUACACAUGUAAGAGCUAGAAGCAGAACAUAGGGAAUGUUUUUAAGAUUACCGCGCACACUUGCUCACUUCACAACAACAUGAUCAUGACGAGAAAAAUACUACUCGACGCUGGAGGAUGAAAUAAUGCUUUAGCGCAACGACUAGGGCAUCUCCUCCUCAUAGUAAGACUAGAGCAUGGGCUGAACUCGGUUCACUCAAGAAGUUGCUACUGCCACUACUUCACUCGGCCCCGGCAGCCCUGUUCGGAUGACCAACGUUUAUCGAAAUGGUGAGAAAUUGUUGUUCGUUCUUCAUCGUAUGGAUUUAAUCAUAGGAUAUUAUAGAUACGAACCUGACUGGGUACAGGUACUGGGUACAUUCAAUCACUCACUCAUUAUAAAAAGAGGUUUUAGAAGAUUUUGAUAUUAAGAUAGAGAUACAACCAACCUUACACUCAACGGUCGUGUGUACGUAGGAUAUCGUUAUCUUAUGCCUAUAUGUUGGCCGAAAAGUGCUGUUCCCGGGACAAUUGUCUUGAUUCGGUUAAUGUCGUCCUGGAUGUCGUCCUACAGCAGUGUUGAAGUUGCUCUUGCUGUCCUAGUUGGUUUGCUGUGCCUAUGGGACUGGGAUGUCUGAAGCUGUAUAAUUAUUGAACCUACUAGUAGAAGCUGGGGUAUUAAGUAACACAUACUGUCGUUGCUUGUGCUAGAUUGUGCGAGUACUAGCUAUGCGAGUACGUACCUCGUAGCUGUUGCUAUUUACUAAAAAAGGAAAUCAUGUUGUGGAUUUUCCACGUGCUAUUGAAGGGGACCACCACCACCAUAGACAUAGCAGAGUGGGAUGAAGCGCGGGAAUCGCUUUCUCUGCGCCCACCCGAGCUGGUGCGUCGAAUAAACUCGAAAAACCUGUAAUUGUAACUGUAUUAAGCUGCUUCCAGCUUUUCAAGAACAAGGGGGAAGUCGAAGUGCUCUUUCCUUCACUGAAAAGUCCUCCAAGCCAUGAGCUGCUUGAGCUGCUCAUACUUGUUGCUUUCAGCUGCUCACAGUUGUUGCUAAAGAACUCGAAUGUAGUUGUUGUUGAUAAAAUGGCUACUCCUUCGCUGUAGUGCUGGUAGUUGCUGUUGCUGAUGUUGUUGGUCGACGUGAUAGAGAAGUGGUGGACGUCAUAAGAUAUUGUUGUUGCUGCAAAUUGCUGUACGAGAAAUUAUUGGUUGCUCUUGCUGGUCGUGCUGGUUGUUCUGCUGCUCGUUGCUGAUAUUGUAUUUCUGCCUUUCUACUGCUGCAUAGUCGUGUCUUUUGAUUUCUCCGUUCGUAAGAUUAAGAUACUUACUCUUGAAGUGUUGAAGAUGUAGUCUGGGUUGUUUGAGAUGAAACAACCUCCAGGCAAAAAGAUGAGUCGAUUUCAGUCUACUCCUGAUUUCUUGAUACAAAUACCAAUACUAUCUAUGCUGAACAGAUGAAAAUAAGUAUGAAAAUAAAUUAUAGGGUGGGUGUGGGAUGGAUCGCGACAAGGACAACAAGGUCUAAUAGAGUCGACAUGGUCGAUCUCGUGAUGAAUCUAAGUACAAGAAUCCACUAAUUUGUAUUUAUGUAAAUUGUGUCGUACUUUUUCGUGUCUUUUUCUUCAUCCUAAUGAUUACUUACUUUCUCUUCUAGGUGGUAGGGGACAGUGCGUCGUAUCUUCGUACUCCACCGACCGCACCAGUAGCAGUACAUCUAAAUAAAUUGAAGAUGUAACAAAUCUAUGUCAUUUUUUUUGUGUCUUUGAGUUUGUUUUCUGGAUGAUGUAUCUAUCAAAAAGAGGUUGUAUUAUUUAUCGUCCCUAGCAAUUUUUACAAUAACGUAGAAGAUCGUAAAUAUUGUUGGUCACUCUGUCUUCCAACGUCGUCUUGAUCGAUAUAAAGAUUUAUCGACGGAUGUUGUCCUCAGUCAUUCAAAAGUGAGAAGUUGCUGUACUAUUGAAAUACGGAUAACAUAACUAUCUGUUUUUACAGGUGAACGAACUUUAAGUCUAGUUGUUCCCGCUUGUACUACUCGAUUCUGUAUAUCAUGUCUUCACGACCUCGAUCACUUUCAACUAAAACAAGAUCAUUAUUAUAUAUCGUCGAUAGUUUUUGUAGAUAUGAAAAAACGCUGCGGAGGAGGUUGACCGAACUACAAGAAAGUGAAAUCAGAAGAUUAAGAAGACAUCGUCAUCCUCCUUACAGAAAAAAGGCGUCGCUUUUUCAUCUUGUUAAUAAGAAUAGAAAGAGGAAAGAAAAAGAAUUAUACAGGCUUAUGUAGAGACAACAACAAAUUGAUUUUCCAUCCUGUAUUUCUAGGUAGUGAUUCGUGAAGACCUACAGUGAGGGAAGAACAAGAAAUAUGAUGGUGGAUUCACCGGGUACAGAAAAAAUUGAAGCAUUCAAAGAAUCUCUAAAGAAAGCACAGCCAAUCCUAGUAACGCUUUUCCCAUUAUGGAGUGAGUGUUAGAAUGAUCGUGUGUGUCUGUGAUGAUCGUAAUAAGCACAGCAUUGGGCGUUACGCACUACCCCUACUGCCCGUCUACCCCUUCUAGAAUUUCGUUUUACGGUGACCUAUCAUUGAAUCAUAAUUUCCGUUCAUUCUAAUCGUAUUACCCCGGAUAAGGAAACUAGUACUUAUGCUUAGACAGUUCAGGAAAAAGAACUAAAACAAGAACGAGGAGCAUCGCUUGAUACGGAAAGACGCAAUCAAAGCAGACGCAGAUGCUGAUGAAAUACUUACUACAACUCCUUUAAUAUGGAUCAAUGUGUUGAUACCUGUAGGACUAGGAGCUCAGUUACUCCUGUAACAGAA